CAAUUCCCUUCAGUCUUGGGGAUUCUUUGUGCAGCACGCCUGCGCAGUCUGGCGGCCAAUGCCGCUAUAAAGGCUUGUUUUGCCCCGGAGCUGAUGCUCGGGAGCGUGGUCGAGUGGCCGGCGCGGCGGUCUGGGACCUGGGGCACAGAAAUUCUCAAGUGGAACCAGGAGUCUGUGCGCCCUGGCGUCUCCAGUCAGAGAAGAUGAAGGACAUCGACAUAGGAAAAGAGUAUAUCAUCCCCAGUCCUGGUUAUAGAAACGUGCGAGAGAGAGCCAGCACUUCCAGACAAGACAGAGAGGACUCCAAAUACAAGAGAACGGGGCUGUUGGAAUGCCAGGAUGCCUUGGAAACCGCAGCCCGAGCUGAGGGCCUUUCCCUGGAUGUCUGCACGCGUUCUCAGCUCAGAAUCCUGGAUGAGGAACAUCCCAAGGGGAAGUACCAUCAUGGCUUAAGUGCUCUGAAGCCCAUUCGGACCACCUCCAAACACCAGCACCCAGUGGACAAUGCUGGGCUCUUCUCCUGUAUGACUUUUUCCUGGCUUUCUCCCCUGGCCCGCCUGGCCCACAAGAAGGGAGAGCUCUCCAUGGAGAACGUGUGGUCUUUGUCCAAGUACGAGUCUUCUGAUGUGAACUGCAGAAGACUAGAGAGACUGUGGCAAGAAGAGCUGAAUGAAGUUGGGCCAGAAGCUGCCUCCCUCCGAAGGGUUGUGUGGAUCUUCUGCCGCACCAGGCUCAUCCUCUCCAUCGUGUGCCUGAUGAUCACGCAGCUGGCUGGCUUCAGUGGACCAGCCUUCAUGGUGAAACACCUCUUGGAGUACUCCCAGGGCACAGACUCUAACCUCCAGUACAGCUUGCUAUUAGUCCUGGGCCUCCUCCUGACAGAAAUCGUGCGCUCCUGGUCCCUUGCAAUGACUUGGGCAUUGAAUUACCGAACUGCUGUCCGCUUGCGGGGGGCCAUCCUCACCAUGGCGUUUAAGAAGAUCCUGAAGUUGAAGAGCAUUAAGGAGAAGUCCGUGGGGGAGCUCAUCAACCUGUGCUCCAACGACGGGCAGAGGAUGUUUGAGGCCGCCGCCGUGGGCAGCCUGCUGGCCGGAGGACCCAUUGUCGCCAUAUUGGGCAUGAUUUAUAAUGUAAUUAUUCUGGGACCAACAGGCUUCCUGGGAUCAGCUGUUUUUAUCCUCUUUUAUCCAGCAAUGAUGUUUGUGUCUCGGAUCACUGCAUAUUUCAGGAGAAAAUGUGUAACAACUACAGAUGAUCGUGUUCAGAAAAUGAGUGAAGUCCUCACCUACAUUAAAUUUAUUAAAAUGUAUGCCUGGGUCAAGGCAUUUUCUCAAAGUGUUCAAAAAAUCCGAGAGGAGGAGCGGCGGAUAUUGGAAAAAGCCGGGUACUUUCAGAGCAUCACCGUUGGUGUGGCUCCCAUCGUGAUGGUGAUCGCCAGCGUGGUAACAUUCUCUGUUCACCUGACUCUUGGCUUCGAUCUCACAGCAGCUCAGGCUUUCACAGUGGUGACUGUCUUCAAUUCCAUGACUUUUGCUUUGAAAGUAACUCCGUUCUCAGUAAAAUCCCUCUCAGAAGCAUCAGUUGCUGUCGACAGGUUUAAGAGUUUGUUUCUGAUGGAAGAGGUUCACAUGAUAAAGAAAAACCCAGCCAGUCCUCACAUCAAGAUAGAGAUGAAAAAUGCCACCUUGGCAUGGGACUCCUCCCACUCCAGUAUCCAGAACUCACCCAAGCUGACCCCCAAAACGAAAAAAGACAAGAGGGCUGCCAGGGCCAAGAAAGAGAAGGCGAGGCAGCUGGAGCGCACCGAGCAUCAGGAGGCGCUGGCGGAGCAGAAGGGCCACCUCCUCCUGGACAGCGACGAGCGGCCCAGUCCCGAGGAGGAAGAGGGCAAGCCUGUCCACCUGGGGAGCCUCCGCCUACAGAGGACGCUGUACAGCAUCGACCUGGAAAUCGAAGAGGGUAAACUGGUUGGAAUCUGUGGCAGUGUGGGAAGUGGAAAAACCUCUCUCAUCUCAGCCAUUUUAGGCCAGAUGACACUUGUAGAGGGCAGCAUUGCAGUCGGCGGAACCUUCGCUUAUGUGGCCCAACAGGCCUGGAUCCUCAAUGCCACGCUGAGAGACAACAUCCUCUUUGGGAAGGAAUUUGAUGAAGAAAGAUACAACUCAGUGCUGAACAGCUGCUGCCUGCGGCCUGACCUGGCCAUUCUCCCCAACAGUGAUCUGACUGAGAUCGGCGAGCGAGGAGCCAACCUGAGUGGUGGGCAGCGCCAAAGGAUCAGCCUUGCCCGAGCCUUGUAUAGUGACCGGGACAUCUACAUCCUGGAUGACCCCCUCAGUGCCUUAGAUGCCCAUGUGGGCAACCACAUCUUCAACAGUGCUAUCCAGAAGCACCUCAAGUCCAAGACGGUUCUGUUUGUUACCCACCAGCUACAGUACCUGGCUGAUUGUGACCAAGUGAUCUUCAUGAAAGAGGGCUGUAUUACAGAAAGGGGCACCCAUGAAGAACUGAUGAAUCUAAAUGGUGAUUACGCUACCAUUUUUAAUAACCUGUUGCUGGGAGAGACGCCCCCAGUUGAGAUUAAUUCAAAAAAAGAAACCAGUGGUUCACAGAAGAAGUCACAAGACAAGGGUCCCAAAACAGGAUCAGUAAAGAAGGAGAAAGCGGUGAAGCCAGAGGAAGGGCAGCUGGUGCAAGCGGAAGAGAAGGGGCAGGGUUCCGUGCCGUGGUCAGUGUACGGUGUCUAUAUUCAGGCUGCCGGGGGCCCCUUGGCUUUCUUGUUCAUUAUAUCCCUCUUCACAUUGAACGUGGGCAGUACCGCCUUCAGCAACUGGUGGUUGAGUUACUGGAUCAAGGAAGGAAGUGGGAACAGCACAGUGAGCCACGGGAACAGGACUUCCGUGAGCAGCAGCAUGAAGGACAAUCCUCACAUGCAGUACUAUGCCAGCAUUUAUGCCCUCUCCAUGGUCGUCAUGCUGAUCCUGAAAGCCGUUCGAGGAGUGGUCUUUGUCAAGGGCACGCUGCGAGCCUCCUCCCGGCUCCAUGACGAGCUCUUCCGAAGGAUCCUUCGAAGCCCUAUGAAGUUUUUUGACACCACCCCCACGGGGAGAAUUCUCAACAGGUUUUCCAGAGACAUGGAUGAAGUCGAUGUGCGCCUGCCCUUCCAGGCUGAGAUGUUCAUCCAAAAUGUCAUCCUGGUGUUCUUCUGUGUUGGGAUGAUCGCAGGGGUUUUCCCAUGGUUCCUGGUGGCAGUGGCGCCCCUUGUCAUUCUCUUUGCUGUUCUGCACAUUGUGUCCAGGGUCCUGAUUCGCGAGUUGAAGCGUCUGGACAAUAUUACGCAGUCACCUUUCCUCUCCCACAUCACAUCCAGCAUACAGGGCCUUGCCACCAUCCAUGCUUACAACAAGGGGCAGGAGUUUCUGCACAGGUACCAGGAGCUGCUGGACCACAACCAAAGUCCUUUCUUCCUAUUCACAUGCGCAAUGAGGUGGCUGGCUGUGCGGCUCGACCUGAUCAGCAUCGCCCUGAUCACCACCACUGGGCUGAUGGUCGUUCUCAUGCACGGACGUAUUUCCCCUGCCUACGCUGGUCUCGCCAUCUCUUACGCUGUCCAGUUAACGGGGCUGUUCCAGUUCACCGUCAGGCUGGCCACUGAGACCGAAGCUCGCUUCACCUCAGUGGAGAGGAUCCACCACUACAUCAAGACUCUCUCUUUGGAAGCACCUGCCAGAAUUAAGAACAAGGCUCCCCCCCCUGACUGGCCCCAGGAAGGAGAGGUGACCUUUGAGAACGCGGAGAUGAGGUACCAAGAAAAUCUGCCUCUGGUCCUGAAGAAAGUGUCCUUCACCAUCAAACCCAAGGAGAAGAUUGGCAUUGUGGGGCGGACGGGGUCGGGGAAGUCCUCCCUGGGCAUGGCCCUCUUCCGCCUGGUGGAGCUGUCUGGAGGCUGCAUCAAGAUUGACGGAGUGAGAAUCAGUGACAUUGGCCUUGCUGACCUCCGAAGCAAACUCUCCAUCAUUCCUCAAGAGCCAGUGCUGUUCAGUGGCACUGUCAGAUCAAACUUGGAUCCCUUCAGCCAGUACACAGAAGACCAGAUCUGGGACGCCCUGGAGAGGACGCACAUGAAAGAAUGUAUUGCUCAGCUACCUCUGAAACUUGAAUCUGAAGUGCUAGAGAACGGGGAGAACUUCUCCGUGGGGGAGCGCCAGCUCUUAUGCAUAGCAAGAGCCUUGCUCCGUCACUGCAAGAUUCUGAUUCUAGAUGAAGCCACAGCUGCCAUGGACACGGAGACAGACCUACUGAUCCAAGAGACCGUCCGAGAAGCGUUUGCCGACUGCACUAUGCUGACGAUUGCCCACCGCCUGCAUACGGUCCUAGGCUCUGAUAGGAUUAUGGUGCUGGCCCAGGGACAGGUAGUGGAGUUCGACACCCCAUCGGUCCUUCUGUCCAAUGACAGCUCCCGGUUCUAUGCCAUGUUUGCUGCUACGGAGAACAAGGUCGCUGUCAAGGGCUGACUCCUCCCGCGCCGCCUCCGUCUCUUCCCUCUGGAGCGUCGCCGUCCCGGGGCCCGCGCUCUUCCUGUCCAGCCGAAACCUUGCCUUUCCCGAUUUCACCUUUCGCACAGCAGUUCAGGAUCGGCUUGUGUGUUUCACUUGUAGGGAGAGUUCUAUUUUGAUUAUUGUGUUGACUCCAGAUUCAUGUAAACAGACUUUAGUUUUUGUUUUUAAUUGCACUCUAAAAGGUUCAGGGAACCGUUAUUAUAAAUGUGUCAGAGGCCUAUAAUGAAGCUUUCUACGUGUAGCUGUAUCUAUAUCUAUAUAUAUAUAUAUAAACCUGUACAUAGCCUAUAUUUACAGUGAAAAUGUAAGCUGCUUAUUUUAUAUUAAAACGAGCACUGUGCUAAUAACAGUGCAGAUUCCUUUCUAUCGUUUUUGUACAGUUUGCUGCACUGGAGAUCCGGUUUUGCUAUUAGACGACAGAAAGGGUAGCCUAUUGUUCUUUGCCAGCUGGUUGUUUCAUGGCGCCAGGUUUUCUGGGUGUCCGAAACGGAAGACGUGUGGCAACGGUGGGCCCUGCAGCGGCCCCCUCUGCCGCCUCCCCACCGCCACUCCGGGCCGGGGCGGCGCCGUGGAUUCUCAGGGCUCCUGCCGUCUGUCCUGGUGUCGCCUCCCCGUUUCCGUCAGGAGAGCAGUGGGGCAAAGCCCCCCGCCGCCCUUUCCCUCCCGGCCUUCCUCUUCUUGCUGUUGUUUCUAAACAAGAAUCGAGUCUCUUCACAGAGUGUCCCACUGCCUCAGGUUCCGCACGCUGGCCACUGCACAGAGCUCCGGCUCCCACACCCGUCGGCUCCCAGCCCCGGGGCCGACCGCUGCUUUUUCCGGGGGUCCUUCUUCGUUUGCCUGGUCUGCGCCGCCACAGCUCAGUGACAGGGUUCAGGAUUCCGUGGGUCUGUCUUCUUUUCUCACUGCAGAUGUCGCAGUCUCCUCCUCUCCCCAAAGUCUGCGACGCCAAGCAGCUCUUGCUACUCAGUGUCUCGCACUGGUGUGGAAGUCUUUGUACUGUAAAGAGACCUACCUCAGGUUGCUGAUUGCCGUGUGGUUCGGUGUGUUUCUGCAAACCCCCUUUGUGCCGUGGGGCCAGCAGCUCAGGUGGGCGUGGUCGCUGCUGUCAUCAGUUGAAUGGUCAGCGUUGCAUGUCGUGACCAACUAGACAUUCUGUUGCCUUAGCAUGUUUGCUGAACACCUUGUGGAAACAAAAACCUGGAAAAGUGAAUAAAGUUAUUUUGGAUUUUAUAAAA